AUGAAGUUUAUGAAGCUCGGUUCAAAGCCUGAUGCAUUUCAAACAGAUCAUGAAUCCAACUCCAUCAGGUGUGUUUCAUCUGAGCUGACGACGGAUUUCACCGUCGUUGUUGAUGAAGUAAAAUUUUAUCUUCACAAGUUUCCGCUUUUAUCGAAGAGCAAUCGCUUGCAGAAGCUGGCGUUGGAUGCCAGCGAAGAGAAUUCCGACGUUGUUCAUCUCGUUGAGUUUCCGGGAGGACCGAAAGCAUUCGAGCUCUGUGCCAAGUUCUGCUACGGAAUUACGGUGUCUCUCAGUCCCUACAACGUCGUCGCAGCUCGUUGCGCGGCGGGGUACCUUGAGAUGACGGAGGAUAUCGAUAGAGGAAACUUGAUAUUCAAAAUCGAGGUGUUUUUCAAGUCGAGUAUUCUCCGUAGCUGGAAGGACUCCAUCAUUGUGCUGCAAACCACCACGGCUCUUCGACAAUGGUCUGAAGAUAUCGAGAUCACUGGGAGGUGUAUCGAGUCCAUUGCAUCGAAAACGGCUAUUGAUCUGUCAUGUGUAAACUGGUCGUAUACGUAUAAUCGUAAACUCGAUCUAGUGAACAAGGUCACUGAGAUUGUCUCUGUCCCGAAGGAUUGGUGGGCUGAAGAUCUGUGUGAACUGGAGAUCGAUGUCUAUAAACGAGUAAUGCUGACUGUUAUAUCGAAGAAACGAGUGGAAGGCGACGUGAUCGGAGAGGCUUUGAAGACGUAUUGCCUGAGGUGGUUGCCGGAUUGUAAUGACCGAUUUGAUUCCGGUGAAGUUCAUCUGGAGAAGUACAGAUCAUUGAUGGAAUCUAUGAUUUGCUUACUCACUCCAGAUAAAGGAGUCAAUUGUUCGUGUAGUUUCCUACUGAAACUUUUGAAGGUCUCGAUUCUCGUUGGAGUUGAUCCAUUACUACGUGACGAUUUGAUCAAAGAUGUUAGUAUGAAACUCGAUGAAGCAUCUGUUCGAGAUCUGUUGAUUCCGGCGGAGCAUCCUCAAACGACGGUGUACGAUGUUGAACUUGUGCAGAACCUUGUGGAUCGUUAUUUUAAUCCGAAGGGUGUUGAUGAAGAAGAUGAAACGCCCGGUGAUUUGGUUUUGAUCAACCUUCCACGCUGCAGGGUCGUUGGUCGUCUGAUCGAUGAGUAUCUUGCAGAAAUCUCCCGUGAUCGAAACCUCCCGCUUUCUAGUUUCAUCACAUUAUCACGGUCGAUCCCGGGUGCAGCCAGAAUAGUCCACGACGGACUGUAUGGUGCCGUCGACGUUUACUUGAAGGAACACCCAACCUUAACGAAAGCCGAAAAGAAGAAGGUUUGCGAGUUAAUUGACGUUUUAAAGUUAUCAAUCAAUGCAUCCACCCACGCAGCACAAAACGACCGGCUUCCUCUGCGAAUGGUGGUGCAGAUCCUCUUCCACGAGCAGGCUCGAGCCACUGCUGCGAUCAAACUCACAGCUCGUACCAACCGCACCCCGGAACCAGACUGGGAAAUCAAAGUACCCCUACGCUCAAAGUCACUCAGAACACCUUCACGGAUGAAAUUGAACGAGGAGGAGGUGGAGAAGGGGACGCCGGCAAGCAGGCGGCAGUUGCUGGGGUCUCGUUCGCGGCGGAUCCUGGACCGGUUUUGGGUGGUGGGGAUGGGGCAGCUGAGGCACGGGGAGAACAAGAGCAGUGGGACAUCUGGUAGUUCACAAACCAAGUCCUCAAGUUCAUCAUCAAGAAAACAAAGGUACUCCAUCUCUUGA